GAACAGUUUGCUUGCCGCCGUUAGGGUGUCCUCGCUGGUGCUGCGCAGCGGGAGCGGCGUCGGAGGAGAAGGACGAUCCACGGCGUCGUCGGCGAUGAACGGAGCGCAUGAGUCCGGGGUCCCGUCCGGCAUCGUCCCCAACCUGCAGAACAUUGUAUCAACAGUCAACUUGGACUGCAAGGUCGAUCUGCAACAUGUCGCCAACAGUGCUCGUAACGCAGAGUACAACCCAAGGCGUUUUGGUGCGGCUAUCAUGAGGAUAAGGGAGCCCAAGACAACGGCACUGAUAUUUGCUACAGGGAAGAUGGUCUGCACCGGAGCAAAGAGCGAAGCCGAUUCAAGGCUCGCUGCGCGUAAGUUCGCGCGUAUCGUCCAGAAGCUCGGUUUCCCAGCUCGGUUCAAGGAUUUCAAGGUCCAAAAUAUAGUUGGGUCAUGUGACCUCAAGUUUCCUAUUCGUCUGGAGGGCCUCGCUUUGGCCAGUGGCUUGUCUGCCACUUAUGAACCAGAGAUCUUCCCUGGGCUGGUCUACCGUAUGGUGGACCCUAAGGUCGUGAUCCUCGUCUUCGUCUCCGGGAAGAUUGUCCUCACAGGAGCGAAGGUGCAGGAAGAGAUAUGCGCGGCCUUCGAGAAGAUACACCCGAUGCUUGUGCAGUUCAGGAAACGGUCGUAGUCACUAGUCAGGGACGGUUAGAGGUGGGGCGGGCGACUCUCGAGCCCCCUACCGCUCCGAGGAUAUAGAAUCCCACUAGAGUUACUUCUAAAAUAUAAAAUGUAUGUAUUAUUAUUUUAUUAUGUGCAGACUGUAGAGAUGUAGGCCGUUCAGUCAUUGAUCAAUGAUGAAAGUUCCAAGUUCAGGUAUGUCAGAAUAAUCCUUGAGCACACUUGUUCAGUCUUCAGUCAGUCAGUCUGUCCAGUUUCAGUCAGUGUGUUUGUCCAGUUUCAGUCUGUCAUAGGCGUUUGGCCGCUCAUUUUAGCCUGUGUGUCGCUGUUGUCAGUUUCGUGGUCAGAACCUGUUGACUGAUAGUGUAAGCAAGAUCUGAUCGUGUUUAAUGAGAAGG